AUGGCCAGAAUGUCCACCUCCAUGGGUCUGCUGCUGCUGCUGCUCCUGAGCCAGCCUUGGGCGGGGACCGGAGCUGACCCGGAGGCCGUGGUCUGCGCGGGGACUGCCUGCUACACGGCCCACUGGGGCAAGCUGAGUGCGGCCGAGGCCCAGCAUCACUGCAGCACCAAUGGUGGCAACCUGGCCACGGUGAAGAGCGAGGAGGAGGCCCGACACGUCCAGCGCACCCUGGCCCAGCUCCUGAGGCCUGAGGCACUCCCGGUGGCCCGGAUGGGCAAGUUCUGGAUUGGGCUCCAGCGAGAGAAGGGCAAGUGCUUGGACCCCAACCUGCCGCUGAAGAACUUCAGCUGGGUGGGCGGCGGGGAGGACUCGUCUUAUGCCAACUGGCACAAGGAGGUGAGGAGCUCCUGCAUCUCCAAGCGCUGCGUGUCCCUGCUGCUAGAUCUGUCCUUGCCACUCCUACCCAGCAACCUCCCCAAGUGGUCCGAGGGCCCCUGUGGGAGCCCCAGUUCUCCCAGAAGCAACAUUGAGGGCUUCGUGUGCAAGUUCAGCUUCAAGGGCAUGUGUCGGCCCUUGGCCCUGGGGGGCCCCGGCCAGGUGACCUACACCACCCCGUUCCAGGCCACCAGCUCUUCCCUGGAGGCUGUUCCCUUUGCCUCUAUGGCCAACGUGGCCUGUGGGGACGGUGAUGGGGACGAGAGUAAGAGCCAGCAUUUCCUGUGCAAGGAGAAGAGCCCCGAUGUGUUCGACUGGGGCAGCUCGGGCCCCCUCUGUGUCAGCCCCAAGUACGGUUGCAACUUCAACAAUGGGGGCUGCCAGCAGGACUGCUUUGAUGGGGGGGUUGGUACCUUCCGCUGCGGCUGCCGGCCGGGGUUCCAGCUGCUGGAUGACCUGGUGACCUGUGUCUCCCGGAACCCCUGCAGCUCCAGCCCCUGUGGAGGGGAGGCCACAUGCAUCCCUGGGCCUGACGGGGAGAGCUACACAUGCCGCUGCCCCAGAGGCUACCAGCUGGACUCCAGCCAGCUGGACUGCAUGGACGUGGACGAGUGCCAAGAUUCCCCCUGUGCCCAGGAGUGUGUCAACACCCCCGGGGGCUUCCACUGCAAAUGCUGGGUGGGCUAUGAGCCUGGCAGCCCCGGAGAGGGGGUCUGUCAGGAUGUGGACGAAUGUGCUCCUGGCCACUCGCCCUGUGCCCAGGGCUGCAUCAACACUGAUGGCUCAUUCCACUGCUCCUGCAAGGAGGGCUACGUCCUGGCCGGGGAGGACAGCACCCAGUGCCAGGACGUGGACGAGUGUGCAGGCCUGGUGCACGGCCUCUGCGACAGCUUGUGCUUCAACACGCCUGGGUCCUUCCACUGUGGCUGCCUGCCAGGCUGGGAGCUGGCCCCCAACGGGGUCUCCUGCACCAGGGGUGCCAUGUCCCCAGGACCACAGACCGGGCCUCCCCAGGAGGAGGAUGAGGGAGGAAGUGAGAAGAGCACCAUGCCUCCUGCUGCAACGUCCAGUCCCACCAGGGGCCCUGAGGGGACCUCCCAGGCAGCGCUCACUGCAAAGAGACCUUCCCUCCCAUCUUACGUCCCCAUCACCUCUGCCGCACCUGAGACUCUGGGCCCUACGGGGCCCCCUGGUGUCUGGGUGGAGCCCAGCACCCACCACCCCACGACCGUCACUGGCCACGGGGAGUCUGCUGGUGGGGGUUCCGUGGCCACCCAAAGCGAUGAUGGCACCGACGGGCAAAAGCUGCUCUUGUUCUACAUCCUGGGCACCGUGGUGGCCAUCUUACUCCUGCUGGCUCUGGCGCUGGGGCUGCUGGUCUUCCGCAAGCAGAGAGCGAAGAGGGUGGAGAUGAAGGAGAAGAAGCCCCAGAGUGCGACAGACAGUUACUCGUGGGUUCCAGAGCCAGGGGACAGCAGGGCCGCUGACAAUCAGUACAGUCCUACACCUGGGACAGACUGCUGAAGGUGAGGUGGCCCGAGACACGUAGAGUCGGCUGCCACCAUCCCCAGAGCUUUUAAGUCCCCGCCCGCAGGGGACCCGCAUCCUUCUGAAAGACUGGACUGGAAUCUUAGCAAACAGCUGUAAACCUUCUCCUUAAAAGCCUGGCAGCUGGGAAUGUACAGGUAUUUUCCGCAUGCGUGUGGUGUUCCUGAAGUGGGCUGUUGUGAAUAUCACGAACUCUCACUCCCUUUCCAAAUCCGAAUGUGACUGAUUUCAUUUUCCACACUGAUUCUGGAUCAGGGCCGACAGGUCAGGUGCUGAGGAUCUCUGUGAACCACUUCCCUGCUGAGUUCAGUCCCUUAGGAGCAUAAGGACGACUGCUGAUGCAAAUUCAGGUUGAAAUGAUUUGUUCCUCUUGUGUGACAGAAAAAAGCCCAUCAAUCGUUUGGUGAAAUAGA